CUCCCCCUCCCUCUCUCCCGCCAUCCCUCUCCCUCUCUGUCUCUCUUUAGCACGCUGGAUAUUCUAUUAGAGUUUCUAAUAAAGUCUGUUGUGUUGAUAACUUGUUGGGAAAAAGUUAUUUGUUUAUAAAAACAAAUUUAUAUUUAUUAGGUAUAGAUCAAAACUCAUAAGUCAAGUGCAGUUAUAAAAGUUGAGACUCCAAGAGUCUCACAAUCCAAAUAUGCAAGAAGUAGAAGGUACAGACGGUUCACCAUGGAACAAUUCCAGUGGUUGCGAAGAAGAGCGGAGAUCAAAUCAAAAGGAGGGUAAAAAGUCUAAUGUCUUACCAUUGUGGGGUAACGAAAGAACCAUGAAUCUGAAUCCGUUGAUAUUGACAAACAUUCAAUCUUCGCAUUACUUUAAAGUGAAUUUAUAUGAAUUGAAGACUUAUCACGAAGUAAUAGAUGAAAUUUAUUAUAAAGUAUCACAUUUGGAACCAUGGGAAAAAGGGAGCAGGAAAACGGCAGGCCAAACUGGCAUGUGUGGAGGCCGGUUCAUGCAGGUACGAGGCGUAGGUGCUGGCGGUAUCGUCUCAACAGCUUAUUGCCUUCUGUUUAAACUGUUCACAUUGAGGUUAACCAGGAAGCAAUUGAAUGGUCUAAUUAUUCAUCUGGAUUCACCGUAUAUCCGUGCCUUGGGCUUUAUGUAUAUCAGGUAUACCCAACCGCCAGCAGAUUUGUUCAAUUGGUACAGUGAUUAUUUGGAAGAUGAAGAAGAGGUAGAUGUAAAGGCGGGUGGCGGUCAAGUAAUGAAAAUGGGUGAUAUUUUAAAACAAUUUUUAACGAAAUUGGAAUGGUUUUCCACGCUCUUUCCAAGAAUACCUGUACCUAUACAAAAGGAACUAGAGCAUCGAUUGGCAGAAAGAUUUCCGCAACAAACUAUUAAUGCUCGCAAUGCAAAACCGCCUAUUACGUUAAACAGUCAUGGUAAAUAUAGUAAUAAUAGCACUAGUGGUCAACGAGAUAAUGGAAAUCAGCAACCACGUCAUAUCCCAGACAACGAAGCUCAAUGGGGAGAGGCGGAAAGAGCAAGCCACUGGCGAGCCAGGUCUGACGAAGAUCGUAAGGACAAAUACAGAGAACGAGAGAGAGAACGGGACGCGGAUAGAGACAGAGUUCGAGAACGAGAAAGGGAUAGAGCUCGUGAACGAGAUCGUGAGAGGGAAGGAGGAUACUUUAGGCAUUCGAGUAGUCGCGAUAGAACUCGACGAUCGAGAGAUUACAGAAGUCGUAGUAGAGAUAGAUCGUAUAGAGAUCGGAGUAGGGACCGUCAUCGUGACAAGGAUCGACGCCGAAGGAGUAAAGGUUCCCCAUACGACUAUACCACAGCGCUCGCUCGCGAGAAAGAACGACAACGAAAAGAAUGAGAUUGACGCAUAAAAACACAUUUGCAAAAAAAUCAAUUUGUGUGUGUGUGUGCGUGCGUGCGUGAGCGCGCGUGUGCGUGUGUGCGUAUGUGUGCGUAUGUGUGUGUGUACGUAUGUUUGAUGAUGUGUAUGUAUGACGAUUGCAACGGUGUUAAGGUAAGCAUGCGCGAGUAUAAUAUGCAUAUGCGCAUGUACAUAGAUAUGCGCGUGUGCCUGCUGACCACCAUUGCUGUGCGUCGUCGCGCGCGCAAAUAAAAACGUCUUAAUAUAACUGUGGAAAUGAACACGAUUUAGAGCCGAGCCAUUCUUAGAGCAACAUCUCCAACAACAAAAUAAUAUCCAAAAUUUGAUCCAACUAUGUGCAACACAUGUAGUUUCCAUGUUUUUAUAAAAUAAAUUGUGGAAGACAUCUAUAA